CUGCGUUGGCAGCCAUGCCAUACUUUUAUUGUUUUUUUUUACUUUAAUACCGGGCACCGGCAAGCAUACGAAGUCGCACGUGUUUUUAAUGAGAAGCUUUAUUCUAUUAUGUCAGAUAUUUGGUUUUAUUUUAUUCCACAAAUAAAAGGAGAUCAUGUCAUCAGUGUUGUGAUAUAUGCUUGAUAAUGGAUGAUAAAAGUGUGAAAAUUGUGCCAUGGUUUUGCACAGAAGAGUGGGAUUACGUCUGCAAGUUGGUGUAUUCAGAUGAUGUCAAGCAGCAAACGAAAGGUUUCGAACAUUUACUGGUUUGGAAGGCAAGGGUGCCGAGCCUGCCGGCGUCAGUGACGUGCACCUUGGAGCUGCUGCAGGUGCGCUUGCAGGACCAGCUCCUGUGGCAGAAGGUCGCCCGAGGCGAGGCCUCGCCCCACGCCGAGCAGGAGCUGCGGCUGGCGUACGCCACCGUCGUGAUGAGGUUCUUGAACCACUUGGCGUCGCUCUUCCAGAACAUGCAGUCGCAGACACUGUACAGCGUCGCGAAGAAGCUGCACAUCCCCGAGUGGGUGGUGAAGAUCCGUCAUGACGCGGCUCACGACGGCAGCCUGCCGUCCGUAGACGUGCUGCGGUCGGCCGCAGGCUACGCCCUCAGCUGGUUGCACGAAUAUUGGUGGAAACCACAAGCAUUGUGCUUGUCGGACUGGAAACGUGCUGAUGACGACAUUGAUGAUAAUGCCGUUGGUGAUGAUGUGUCUCACGAGAAUCUGUGUAACUUAUUGGAUUUGUGGCAAGCUUUGAAGCUGUAUCAAGAGGCUCAUUACGGCACUGUGGGUCGGAUCCCAGACACUGAGGUCCGUGCUCAAGUUUCUGUUCUUUACUUGAAAGCCAAGAGUAACGCGUCCGGCAGUGAGCCGAUUCCGGACAGUGAUGUUGAAGUUACUGCCGACUCUAGCUGUGCAAACGGGACGAGCAUCCGUGCAGCGUUGUCGUUGGUGCUGUCUCACAUCAAGAAGUCUGUGGGAGACGUGUUCUCUGGGUCGGAGUGGGAGCACAUUCUUCUUCACAAGCUAGUGGGUGAAGGAUUGUUCACCCCAUCACUUUUAUCUGACAGAGAUUGGUCAUGUAUCGAAAACAACGAACUGCCACGUAGAUCCUUCAAGAUGUGGAAGCGAAUCUUGGAAUUUCUCCCAGUGCCUGCAUUGCUUCGCCUCAUGCGGAAGUUGCUCGCGCUUGCUUGCAGCGUUAAUGGUGUUGUGAGUGUCCAAAGCAAGCUUUCAGCGCUGUGGAUCCGGGAACUGGCCACAGCUGUCAUCAAGUUGCAUCGAGUGCUGGACCUCGUGGAAGAGAUGAAUGCGGGGGCCGGCGGUGGGGAGGAGCCGACGAAAGCAGUGAAGUUGGCGGAGGGGGUCUCCGUCAGCCUGAAGGAGAGUGAUCAGCUAGCCAAACUCUCCCCGGGGUCACUCUGUAGUAGAUUGGUGGCUCGUGUGGAGGAAGAACACCCAGAAUUGAAAAGUGCGUUGGUGUUGUGUGUCACAACUCUUCCAGACAGUAAAUUUACAUACGAAAUAGCAAAGUAUGCAGUUUUGAAUCCUAGUCGGUUAACUCCUAUCUUUCUGCCAAGUUUGCUGAAAUUAGUGGACCUACCAGCUCCAGCAGAAACACUGAGUAAUUUGACAACACUGGUGGAACUGUACACCCAGUCAGUGAGCGUAGAUGUUGGUGAAUACGCGGAUGCACCAGUGUACACUGUAUCAAAUCUAACUUCAUCGGCUGCAAAUGAAGUAUCUGCUACAGAUACCUGUGAGAGAAAUGAUCCCACGUCAAAAGCCAUUGAUGUUGAAGCCAUGGAGGUUGAAGAGGCAGACCACAGUGAACAGCUUGAAGCUUCUGACCAGCAGCAAAAUGUUUCACAAUCUCGCUGGUCUGUUGCUGAAGCAAACAAAAACUGGAGUAAGUGUCCCUUGGGAAUAUUGCCUUGGCAGGAAAGCAAAAUUUGGAUGGACUUGAUUCUUCCUGACUGCACGUGGCAGCUGUCCCAAGGAAUAGAAGCUGUGAGCAUCGGCAAGCUGCCACAGUUGUUACACAAGGAAAUAGAGUGGGAAGAUGUUAAAAAGAGGAGGCUGAAGAAGAAAGGAAAUUCACGGUUGACCAGUAAAAUGAUUGAGACUGCUUUGGGAAUAGUUUCUCAAAACAAUGCUGAAAUUUAGACUGCAAGGGAAAGUGAUAUUGGAAUUUUUUUUUUCUAUUUCACGUACCAAAUCUGAGUUCCUAAAUUAGGCAGGCUUGACUACUAAUGUAAUUAAGAUUUUUUUUGGAAAAAAUUGCAUUAAAAUAACAGAAUUUCUUAAUUUUUUUGACAAAUAAUACAUGCACUUGACAAUGAAUUAAAGUUAAACUUUCUCAUAAA